ACAUCCGUCUGAUUUGAAAGCGUCGCUGAGCGGGAGGAGAAAGCGGCGCCAUCUUUGUUCUUUCAAUGAAGGAGGGAAACAAGUUAUAAACUUGUGUUCGCGAGUGGCUGGAGAGCUCGCAUUACUCCGGAUUAAAGCGGAAAAUCACCGGUGAAUGGUGUAGCUGACUCCUAAACACCUUGCACGAACUCCAGGGCAAUGUUUUACGCCCACUUCGUCCUCAGCAAGCGUGGGCCGUUGGCCAAGAUCUGGCUGGCGGCCCAUUGGGACAAGAAGCUGACCAAAGCCCAUGUCUUUGAGUGCAACCUGGAAAGCAGCGUGGAGAGCAUCAUUUCACCAAAGGUAAAAAUGGCUCUGCGUACAUCUGGUCACCUUCUCCUGGGUGUGGUGAGGAUCUACCACAGGAAAGCCAAGUAUCUGCUCGCUGACUGUAAUGAGGCGUUCAUCAAAAUCAAAAUGGCUUUUCGACCAGGUGUGGUGGAUCUGCCCGAAGACAACCGUGAGGCGGCUUACAAUGCCAUCACAUUGCCUGAGGAGUUCCAUGAUUUUGAUCAGCCUCUUCCAGAUCUUGAUGACAUAGACGUAGCACAGCAGUUCACACUGAACCAGAGCCGGGUGGAGGAGAUCACCAUGAGAGAGGAAGUGGGCAACAUGAGCAUUAUGGCCGACACCAACGACUUUGGUGAUUUUGGUAUGGAUGACCGGGAGAUCAUGAGGGAAGAGAGCGCCUUCGAAGUGGACAUCAUCCAUCAAUCUUCUGCAUCCAACCUCUUGCUGGAGGCUGAGCCAGGACCUGCCAACCUGCCUGACAAGUCUACCAACCUUGAAUAUGAUGACUUUGGAGAUAACCUGGAAAACAGUGAUGGUGGGAUACUCGUGGAUAAGCUCCUGAGUGGUGACGGCGGCGGAGGAAUAUUUGAUGAUCCUCCGGCCAUCACAGACAGCGUGUUGAUGCUCCAAGACCACGAUGACGAUGACGACUUCGACCACCUUUCACCGGCAGGAGCUCCAGAUAGUCCUGAUUCAGGUCCUGCAGAGGCUCUGCCCAACACUACAGACCAGACAGAGCAGACCACACUGGUGCCCAACGAGGAGGAGGCCUUUGCUCUUGAGCCCAUUGACAUCACUGUCAAAGAAACGAAGGCGAAAAGGAAGAGGAAGCUGAUUGUGGACAGCCUGAAAGAGUUGGAUAGCAAGACCAUCCGCGCUCAACUGAGCGAUUACUCCGACAUCGUGACCACACUGGACCUUGCUCCUCCCACCAAGAAGCUGAUGAUGUGGAAGGAGACGGGAGGCGUAGAAAAGCUUUUCUCACUGCCCGCUCAGCCGCUCUGGAAUAACAGACUGCUUAAGGUGUUCACACGCUGCCUGACGCCGCUGGUGCCAGAUGAGCUGAGGAAGAGGAAGAAGGGUGGCGAGGCCGACAGUCUCGAAGAGUUCCUCAAGGAGUUGGAAAACCCCGAGGUUCCGCGUGAGGAGCAGCUCGGCCACAGAACCGAUGUCAUCGAUCAGACUAUUGUGGAGGAGCCCAGCUUUCUACAGGCCUCGUCUAUGGAGGGUAGUCGAACUGCCCUGGAUGAGACUCUCAUGCCUCCUCCCUCAAGGCAGCGUGGAGUCAAGCGCAAAUCUGAUGACGUCCACGAGCCUGAAGCUGCACUGCCUACGAUGAGUAUACUGGACCAGUCUGUGCCUCCCAUGGAGCCGUCCGUGCUGUCCCAGCAACUCGACAUGCCACAGGUGGAUCUGCCACCUGAAGAGCUGAACAGUCUCUCCAGAAUAGUACCAGAGUUCGACCUGCUGGGAGAGAAGAGCAAAGACAAGGACGACAGCGAGGACGAAGAGGAGGGAGACGGACAAGGUGGAGACCAGGACCAAGAGGAGAGGAGGUGGAACAAGAGAACCCAGCAGAUGCUGCAUGGACUUCAGGUGGUGCUAAAGAUCAUAAAGCACUACCAGGAGGAGGGCCAGGGCAGCGAGGUGGUGCAGGGUGUCCUUUUGGGACUGGUGGUGGAUGACCGGCUGGAGAUCACCAACUGCUUUCCUUUCCCUCAGCACACAGACGAUGAUGCCGACUUCGAUGAAGUUCAGUACCAGAUGGAGAUGAUGCGAAGUCUGUGCCACGUCAACAUCGACCACCUGCACGUCGGCUGGUACCUGUCCACCUUCUACGGCUCGUUCGUGAGCCGAGCUCUGCUUGACUCCCAGUUCAGCUACCAGCACGCCAUCGAGGAGUCGGUGGUGCUUAUUUACGAUCCCAUCAAGACGGCGCAGGGCUCGCUGUCCCUCAAGGCCUACAGAUUAACACCCAGACUGAUGGAGAUCUGCAGAGAGAAAGACUUCUCACCCGAGGCGCUGAAGAAAGCAAACGUUGGGUACGAGCUCAUGUUCGAGGAAGUGCUCAUCAGCAUCAAGAACUCACAUCUGAUGAACGUGCUGAUGUGGGAGCUGGAGGAAGAAUUACUCAGUCUGUCCAGCAGUAACCAUCUGGAGAAGAAUCUGCAGCUGGUGAUGGACCAUGUGGACGACAUGAGCCAAGAAAUCGUCAAGUACAACUCCUACUGCCGAAACCUGAGCAAGCAGCAGCAGCAGAAACACCAGUACUCGCAGAGGCGACAGCAGGAGAACGCUCAGCGCCAAAGUCGUGGAGAGCCGCCGCUGCCCGAGGAGGACAUCAGCAAGAUGUUCAAACCGCCGCCGCCUCCUCCACGCAUGGACACCCUCCUCAUCGCAGGCCAAAUCAACAACUACUGUCAGAACGUGAAGGAGUUCACCUCUCAGAACCUGGGCAAGCUGUUUAUGGUGCAGGCACUGCAGGAGAACAGCAGCUGA